AUCGCCCCCACUCCAUUUUCAUUUCCAUUCCCCCCCCCACGAAACUCGGAUUCAUUAACAACGUAGAAAUUUUUUUUUUUUUGAAAAAAAAUAGAUAGAAAUCUCAACAAUAAAGAGAUUACCAAAAUCACGCGUUCCUAAUCUUCGAUCCACACAGGCUUUUUGGCUGAGAGGAUCAUAAAUAGUGAAAAAUUGGGGAUUAAUUGAGGGGAAAAUCAUGUCGGGGUUCGUCGGGGUCCUCGUCUCCGAUCCCUGGCUCCAGAGCCAAUUCACUCAGGUCGAGCUUCGAGGGCUCAAAUCCAAAUUCCUUUCUAUAAAGAGAGAAACUGGACAUGUAAUGGUCAAGGAUUUGCCGCCGUUAAUGGCGAAAUUGAAUGGUCUCAAGGAUGUGCUAACAGAGGAAGAGAUUGGCGCAAUUCUCGGCGAGACUUAUUCUGGCAACACUCAGGAGAUUGAAUUUGAGACGUUCCUUCGGGAGUUUUUGAAUCUUCAAGGACGGGCGAAUUCUAAACUUGGUGGCACGAAGAAUUCAUCUUCAUUCCUGAAAGCAACCACUACGACGCUCUUGCACACUAUUAAUGAAUCGGAGAAAGCAUCUUAUGUGGCGCAUAUAAAUAGUUAUCUAGGCAACGAUCCAUUCUUGAAGAAAUAUCUGCCGUUGGAUCCGGCAACAAAUGAUUUGUUCAACCUUGUGAGAGAUGGUGUCCUCCUGUGUAAAUUGAUCAAUGUUGCCGUGCCGGGAACGAUAGAUGAGAGAGCAAUUAACACGAAACGGGUUCUCAACCCAUGGGAGAGGAAUGAGAAUCAUACUCUCUGCCUCAAUUCUGCAAAGGCUAUUGGAUGCACUGUUGUUAACAUUGGAACUCAGGACUUGGUCGAAGGGAGACCUCAUUUGGUUCUUGGAUUGAUCUCUCAAAUUAUAAAGAUACAACUGUUAGCUGAUCUGAACCUCAAGAAGACACCCCAACUGGUUGAGUUGGUAGAUGACGGCAAGGAUGUGGAGGAGCUGUUGAGCUUGGCACCAGAAAAGAUGUUACUUAAGUGGAUGAAUUUUCACCUUAAGAAAGCAGGCUACAAGAAAACUGUGACAAAUUUCUCCUCAGAUGUGAAGGAUGGAGAAGCCUAUGCUUACCUUCUUAAUGCUCUUGCGCCUGAGCAUUCUACUCAAAAUACCUUGGAUACUAAGGAUCCUAAUGAAAGGGCAAAAAUGGUACUUGAGCAGGCCGAGAAGUUGGAUUGCAAAAGAUACUUAACUCCCAAGGAUAUUGUUGAAGGCUCUGCUAAUCUCAAUCUUGCAUUUGUUGCACAAGUUUUCCAGCAUAGGAAUGGUUUAUCCACCGACAACAAACAGAUAAACUUUGCACAGACAACACCUGAUGAUGUCCAAGUAUCAAGGGAAGAGAGAGCCUUUCGAAUGUGGAUUAACAGUCUUGGAAUCGCUACUUAUGUUAACAAUUUAUUUGAGGAUGUCAGAAAUGGAUGGGUUUUCCUGGAAGUUCUGGACAAAAUUUCUCCAGGAUCAGUCAAUUGGAAGCAAGCUUCAAAACCGCCGAUCAAGAUGCCAUUUAGGAAAGUUGAGAACUGUAAUCAAGUUAUAAAGAUCGGGAAGCAGUUGAAUUUUUCUCUAGUGAAUGUAGCCGGGAAUGAUAUUGUACAGGGAAACAAAAAGCUGAUUCUUGCUUUUUUGUGGCAAUUGAUGAGAUCCAAUAUACUUCAAUUGCUAAAGAACUUGAGAUUCCACUCUCAAGAAAAAGAGAUAACUGACGCCGACAUCUUAAAUUGGGCGAAUGGCAAAGUGAAGGGGUCUGGCAGAACUUCUCAUAUGGAAAGCUUCAAGGAUAGGAAUCUCUCAAAUGGAAUCUUUUUCCUUGAACUCCUUAGUGCUGUGGAGCCAAGGGUUGUAAACUGGAAACUAGUGACAAAGGGCGAAGAUGAGGAGGACAAGAAGUUGAAUGCUACAUACAUCAUCAGUGUUGCUAGAAAGCUCGGAUGUUCUGUCUUCUUGUUGCCAGAAGACAUCAUUGAGGUAAAUCAGAAGAUGAUCCUUACACUUACCGCGAGCAUCAUGUAUUGGAGUCUUCAGAAACAACCACCUGCCGAAAACUCUGAACCCUCGGAACCCUCAGCGCCCUCUGCUGAGGCUUCAGAGAUUCCAAAUAUGGAUGCCACUCUGCAGAAAACCCCCACGACAGAUGGAGAGGAAGGAAGUAUUGCAGAAAAUAUUUCAAACUUGUCAAUUGAAGAUGCUGCUUCGGACACCUCGGCUGAAAAUGGUGAAAAUACUGGUGGUUAAGUGAAAAGAGAUGCAAACCAUUCAAAGAAUAGGAGAAUUGAGUUUUCGUCGAUUCUUCAUCUUCACAUAUCAAAUGGGAGCAGCAUUCUUUGUAUCUAGAGUGCCUCAACCAAAAGAAACUCUCUUGAUUUUUUUUGCUUUUUUCUAUUCUUUUAUUUGCAUGCUUUGGCUGGCUUGUUCGAGGAAAGGUUCCUAAAUGUGUUUAUAGGUUUUCUGAUUCUGCUAUAGGUAUUUUUCAGCCAUUCAUUGGUUUCUCUUCAUUUAUUGUCGAAAAACCUAUAAUUUUUUCCCUUUUCGUGUGAAGAUUGUUUCCUGAUGUAAUAUCUGCAGUAUAUGAAUUUUGUCAGUUGUUGUAUGAGAAAUCUGUUUAGGAAAAAAAAAAAAAAAAGGACAAAGAGAGAGAGA